UGACAUUACAGAUUUGCUUGAUAUUUCAUUUGUAUUGAUCGAUACAAAAAUAUUGUUUUACCUAAAUCAUUUCAAUACAUACUACAUAUAAAACUGCUAUCUGAUCUCACAUUUGGUGGUUUCAAAAUUGUUUUGUAUCCCAAAAUUUAGCUUUGUUAUUGAUUUUAAAUACAAAAUUCAAUAAUGGAUUCAAUGGAGAAUCAAUCGUGUGUAUUUUUGGGUGUAAAAGUAAAACCCGGGCCAAUUGAACGCUACAAGCUUGAUAAUUUUACACUCGAAAACAAAAUUAUAAACUUAAAAGCGGAGGCGGAGAAAAGAGUGAAAGAACCGUCUUCUUCCUUAGAAGCUAUAUAUCAUGGCAAAAUUCUCCGAGAUGAGUCUACACUCCAAGAUUGUGGAAUUAAAUAUGGUGAAAUGGUACAUAUAGUAAAGAAAAAGAUCACAGUUAAGUCAACUCCUGCGUAUACAUUUUCUGAUGUGGAAAUACAACAGUUGAACACAUCAUUGAGAACUUUAGGCUGUACACCAAACGCACCAGGCUGGACACGAGCAAUGCAGCUACUCAAUGAUGAUGCUACACUAGCAGAAGUUGUUGAUCAAUUGCCUUCACUAAGUGAGGAUUGUGUGGGAUUAUCAAUAUUGCAUGAAGUGGAGCUUCUUGCUGCAUUGGGUGCUAAUGUGGAGACAAUGAGGCGCGGAGCUGAAGCCCAUCCUGAAUUACCUGCGGCUUUGCGACAUUUAACAAGACUGGUGCGUUCCCGUAAUACUGCUUCUGAUGAAGAUGUACCAACAUCUGGUUUUGCAUAUUCACUUGAGGCUCUCUCAGAGGAUGAGGAUGUGGAUGAAGAGGAUGCUGAUGAACCCCGAAUGGAGAGGAGCACCUCCAUAACACGGGAACAAUUAACUGCUGCUUUGCAGGCUGCAACAGAUUCUGCGUUACCUAACAAUUCAAUACAUGUCCGUCAGAACCGAGAGAAUUUAUUGAGGCUAUUGGAAGCUACGCCUGAUCGUAGGAACACAGCUAGGAGUUCUGCCACUGCAGAACCCAGUGCACCCAGCAGCAGUACAGCUGCGCCUCCUAUAAUAACUACGGAAAUGUUCAAUGAAGCAAUGACAGAGGCUAUGUCAAGAGCCGGUGAACAAAGCUCAUCUACUCCGGAGACAACUUUUGCUACUUCAUCCCAAAAUCAAGAGGAAUAUGCGACACAAAUAAGUCACAUGCAUGAAAUGGGACUCACAGAUGAUGCUUUGAACAUGCGAGCUCUGGUCAUAUGCUCAGGUGAUGUAAAUGCUGCUAUCAACUUGGUGUUCAGUGGCGCUAUCGGUGAUGAUUAAGAUUAUUUAGAUGUUUCAAUUAUGUAGUUCUCAUUCAUAUAAUAUAACCAAUACUCAACAUGUUAAAUAUGUUUAAAUAAAAGAUAUUUGUCUUCA